AUGAGCCUCUCUCUAGGGGAGACAAGCGAUGCGAUCGCCGCGCUCGCAGAGGGCUGCACUUUGGACGAGCUAGCGGAGCUCGCAGCGCGGUGUGAGUCACAUUUGGCCAACGUUGAGGCGAUCAUGGACGCCACGGAAAAUGCCCUGCGCACCUCUCAAGGACCCCGGCGUCUUGUUUUGUGGUUCUUCAUCGAUCGACUGGCAAAACAGCACGACAUUUUUUUGGACGCGCUUCGGCCGCGCCUGCGAGGCCUUGCAGCGACGGCGGCCCCGGCGGCGGGAACGGCAGAGUGGGACGACUUCAAGGCACUUUUGAAGUCCUCCAUUGCGGUGGUGUUCGGCGCCCCGCUGGUGUCACUGAUUCUCCUGGAGAUUGACCCCGACACGCAGAAGGAAACCGCCCGCACCGCCGCCGCCUCUGAGCGGAGCCAGGGUGUCCUCACACUGCACAGCAACGCCCUGCGGACCACCGGUGCUUUCUCGACGAAGUCUGUCAAAACGCAGCGACCGGCGGCGGUGAAGCACACACUGCAGGUAAAAACCAUUGACAGCCAGAUGGCAAUGAACAUGGCGAGCAGCUACGCCCCCGCCCGGCCACAGGAGAUUGCGGUCCCGGAGAUUCGCCCUGAUGCUGACGCCCCGCACGGUUAUGUGAAAGCACUGCCCUCGGAUUACUUGAAAAGCUACGAGAAUACUAGACGCAAGCGUCUCCGUGAGGUGAUGGAGCGCAAUCGCGAGGAAAUGGAUCGCCGCCAGGAAGAUGAGCUGCUUCAACGGGUGCGGGGAACAGCCAUUCAAAAUGGAAAGAUUCCUGACUAUUCAGAUGUGGUUAUGCCGUUGGAGUUGCCUCGUGACGAGCAUGGCGUGAAACGGGGAUUUUUCCCACUUGGUGUGCGUUUUAUUCGUGAGGCGAUUCGAAGCUGUGGUGGGGCAGUGGAAUUGGAUGUGCUGGUAAGCCGUCUUUCAACGCUAGCGAGCAGAGAGACCGUGGCGGAGUUUGGAGACGUGCGUGAAUUUCUACUCAUUCACCGACCGACGUUUCGUGUAACUAAUGAAAAGAGCCGCUGGAUCGUUCGUCUCGCCGGGGACGAAACUAGUGAUCCCACGUGGGAGUCGUUGCAGUGCCCGUUGUGCUCAAAAGUGAUGCGUGGGCGCAACCUCGCACGUCACAUGGGCUGCAGGCAGUGUGUUACAACCCAAAUUGCCCUGGGACUUCAUGGAGAGGUGCAUGGCCCUAUUUCUGAGCUCGCGUUUGUCGCCAAGUCCAUCAUUGACCGGGCAGGCACGUACGAUGACUGGGAUUUGGAGUGUUUUGCCGACUGCGUAGAGAGAGCUGCAAAUUGUAGGCGUUUCAAACUUUCCUCGCAGGCGAAAUUCGCCCCCAUGCUGAAGGCACUGCGUGUUGUUCGCAACCGCUGGCUGACGCGGAAGGGGGUGGCGGAUGUCGCGGACGCCGUUGUGGACCCCGGCGACACGGCUGUUGCGAAUCUCUUUCGAGCCAUUGGACGAAACGUGAACCGCCUGCCCAUUCCUUGGCUGGAGAUGGGCGACGUGGUCGACAUGUGCCGCCGGUUUUCGGAUUCGGUGUUGCCUCCCUUCAAUCCCCCGCCGCGGCCCGCCGACCCCCGCAUCAGCCUGCACAACGAGUACCCGGGAUUCCUCCUCUGCGAGAGUGAGGUGGACGACGAGGACGACCCCAGCGACGAUGAGGACGCAUUCUCCGACGAUGAGGCGCCCACCUUUGUCUUUGCGCCGCCGGUAGAAUUGGCCGAAACACUUUUCACGGCAGGCUUUGAACGGGAUACCAAGCGGCUGCAACAUCGCAUGCGUACCGCCCCGCCGCUGGUGCUACAACGUGUGCUGAGGGGAGAUCGCUCCCAAACGCAGCGGGAGAUGUAUGCUGACGCACGAAAUGCGGGCGGCCUCGCCGCGCCCUCCUAA